AUGUCCACGCACGAUCCCGAGCCGCCGUCCCCCACUAUCGCUCACGACCAAGAUGCGCCUGCACCCGUCAAGCACGCGGCCCGGAACAUGUCGAGUCCGGACAGGAACACCAACUUGAGCUCGCCGCUCGCCAGGCUCGCUAUGGCGGUCGCAAAACUGCCAGACGGGCCUGUGAAUGCCUUGUGUGGAGCGUCCGCCGGAGUUGCGUCGGGCAUAGUCACCUGCCCGCUCGAUGUCAUCAAAACCCGCCUGCAAGCGCAAGGCUCCUUCCGCCCUAGGAAGUACACUGGGCCGACGCGCGCAGUAUACAAGGGCCUCACAGGAACCGCCCGCGUCAUUUGGAUGGAGGAUGGUGUCCGCGGACUGUACAGAGGACUCGGGCCAAUGCUGCUGGGGUACAUUCCAACAUGGGCCGUCUACAUGAGCACGUACGAGUCGACAAAGGAGUUUUUGAACUCUCGAAUGGGUCAACUCAUGUCACAAGUGAGCGCACGCGCUUCUGAGGACCAUCGCCCGCCAUGGCAUUACAAGAACACAUUCGACGCUUUCCGAAAAAUGUAUGCGAAAGAAGGCAUUGCGUCCUUCUACUCAGGACUGUCACCGGCUCUGCUAGGACUCACGCACGUUGCCAUCCAGUUCCCGCUGUACGAAUUUUUGAAGAUGAAGUUUACGGGUCUUGAAAUGGGUAAGACAGAUGCGAAUCACGAAGAGGUACAUUGGCUCGGCAUCGCUGCAGCUACGGUUCUGAGCAAGAUGGCGGCCACCUCCGCAACAUAUCCGCACGAGGUUUUGCGCACGAGACUGCAGACACAGCAGAGAUCCCUUCCCUCUCAGUCGCAUGAUCAUGUAUCCUUCCAGGGAGGCCAGCAUGGCAUUGGCUACCAGACCCGGCCGCCAGGGACAGCCUCAUCCGAUGGCAUGAUCAACAUGCCGCGAUACCGAGGAGUAGUUCGGACCUGUUCUGUCAUACUUCAGGAGGAAGGAUGGAGAGCCUUCUACAACGGAAUGGGUACUAAUAUGGUCCGCGCCAUCCCCGCCGCUGUGACCACAAUGAUGACUUUCGAGUCUUUGAAGAUCGUCCACCAAAAGUUGAAGAACGAGGGGCGACGAUUAGAGGAGGAGGAUUGA